UCAAAGCAUCUCCCAGCAUGGACGGAGCUUUCGUGGGCACUUGGAGACCUCAUCGCCCACGGGGCCUCAUCUCGGCCCAGUUCACCAGCCCUGGACCCAAAUACUCAGUCCAGGGGACAACGGGUUACAUCAACCACAACCCCACCAAAGUCAAAGCCCCUGCGUACACCUGCAGAGGGGCAAAAGCUCCUGCGGAAGGCGGCUGCUCCCCAGGCCCUCGUUAUUACGUGGAGCCCUCCAUGACCAGGACUGGGAAGUACGUGGCUCCAGCCUACGCCAUCACUGGACUUCCCAGGAUAAAGACGGAGAUCACACCUGGACCCAGCGAUUACAGCCCGGAGAAGUCCAACCGACACAUCUUUAAGUGCCCGCCUGAGCCAUCCAUGGCCUUCCGGAACAGGGGAGUCAAAACCGACUUCACUCCAGGUCCCGGCACCUACACCUUGCCCAGGGUGCUGGGCCCCAACACGGCGCACACGCCUGCCAGCCCGUGCUACUCCAUGAAGAGCAGGAGUCAGCGGGAUCGCUACGACGCUGAUCUCGCCAAGACCCCAGGCCCUGCGGCGCUCCCAAAGAUCCAGCUGGACGUUUUCAAAACCAGAGCUCCCGGGUACACCAUGGGAACCCGAACUCAGCUCCGAGACAAGACGGUCAAACCGGGGCCGGCGGAUUACCGCACGGGAAGGGUGGAGCUGAUCAAGCCCCAGGCGCCUGCAGCCACGUUUGGACUGCGCCAUUCCGUGUACACCACUCCCCUGAUCCUCGACGUUUGA